GGUGGCUUUUGAGCGGGAAUUGAUUGCAAACUGGCUUCGGUUAAGUGCUGCGGGAAAGAAAAAGCAAAGCUCUCGGGCUCUUCCAGGAAAUCAUGGGCUCCAGCUGUCACUUUCACUUUUGUUUUUGCCGGUUUCUCUAAUUGGAUGCACAAUGAGGUGACAGAGCAGAAUCAAAGUCAGAAGGCCUGAGUCUCUCGUCUCUGUCCUGGCUGUGUUACAGGAUGGACCUAUAUGGGGUAUGAAAAUAGCUCCUGUGGCUUAGAGCUAUGGUGAGGAGCCCACGAGCAAGCGAUGGGGCGCCUGUUGAACAGUGGAUUCACAACUACGCCAUGGGGCUCAGCGAUGGGGAAUGGCAGUUGGUGCUGAACGUCUGGGGGAAGGUGGAGGCUGACAUCCCAAGCCACGGGCAAGAAGUCCUCAUCAGGCUCUUUAAGGGUCACCCAGAGACUCUGGAGAAGUUUGACAAGUUCAAGCACCUGAAGUCAGAGGAUGAGAUGAAGGCGUCUGAGGACCUAAAGAAGCAUGGCGCCACCGUGCUCACUGCUCUGGGCGGCAUCCUUAAGAAGAAGGGGCAUCAUGAGGCAGAGAUUAAGCCCCUGGCACAGUCGCAUGCCACCAAGCACAAGAUCCCCGUGAAGUACUUGGAGUUCAUCUCGGAAUCCAUCAUCCAGGUUCUGCAGAGCAAGCAUCCCGGGGACUUUGGUGCUGAUGCCCAGGGGGCCAUGAACAAGGCCCUGGAGCUGUUCCGGAAGGACAUGGCCUCCAACUACAAGGAGCUGGGCUUCCAGGGCUAGGCCCCUGCCGCCCCCACCCCCACCCACCUGGGCCCCAGGUCCAAGAGAGGGCGGGGUCUGAUCUCGUGUAGCUGUGUAGAGUUUGCUUCUGAGUGUCUGCUUUGUUUAGUAGAGGCGGGCAGGAGGAGCUGACGGGCUGGGGCUGGGGUGUUGAAGUUGGCUUCGCAUGCCCAGCGAUGGGCCUCCCUGUGGAAUGUCAUCACCCUGGGAACCGGGAGUGGCCCUUGGCUCACUGUGUUCUGCAUCGUUUGGAUCGGAAUUAAUUGUCCUUUCCUCUAAAUCCCAACCUAACUUCUUCCAACCUCCAAACUGGCUAUAACCCCAAAUCCAAGCCAUUAACUACACCUGACAGUAGCAAUUCUCUGAUUAAUCACUGGCCCCUUAAAGACAGCAGAAUGUCCCUCUGCAAUGAGGAGGAGAUCUGGGCUGGGCGGGGCAGCUGGGGAAGCGUUUGAGUAUCUGGAACUUGUGUGUGCCUUCUCAGGUAUGGCAGUGACUUGCCUGGUUUUAAUAAAACACCUUGCAACA